AUGGCCAUCGGCCUCGUCUACGACGGCCAUGCGCAGCACCGUCCGCCAGCGAGCGCCAGGGCCACGCACAUCGAGACGCCCGAGCGCGUGAGCGUCAUCUACCGUGCGCUUGGCAAGGCUCGGCUGCUGGACCGGCUGACGCGGGUGGCUCCACGCGAGGCGACGCGGGCGGAGGCGGAGGCGGUUCACACUGCGGAGCACCUCGACGCCCUCGAGGCGCUCGCCGACGCCGAGCCGUCUCUCCGAGGCGCGUGGCGCGGCGGCGCGGGUGGCGGCUGGUCGCUCGGCCGCGACAUGUUCCACGAUGCGCAGACGGCUUGUGCGGCACGGCGGGCGGCGGGCGGCGUCGUCGCACUGACCGAGGGUGUCCUCCGCGGCGAGAUCUCCUCCGGCUUUGCGCUCGCGGGCUUCUGCUUCCUCAACUCGGUCGCGGUCGCCGCGCGGGCUGCGCUCUCUCCGCGCGGCGGGCUGCGGCGGGUGCUCGUCGUGGACUGGGAUGUGCACCACGGCGAUGGGACGCAGGCCAUCUUCGAGGAGGACCCGGCCGUCCUCUUCUUCUCGCUGCACCGCUUCGGGCGCGGCUUCUUCCCUGGCGCGGCAGCACGGAGCCGCGCCCCGCUGGCAGGGGCUGAGGACGGACUCCCUCUGCCCCUCUCCUUCGCGCAGGGACCGGCGCCGCGAGCUGCGUGGGCGGCGGCGCCGCUGCAGGCAAUAGAGCUGCGUGGGCGAUCUACUGCGCGAGCCUUCGAUCCGCAGCUCGUCCUCGUCUCGGCCGGCUUCGACGCGGCGGGCGGCGACCUGGCGGACGAGCCGGGGGGCGGGGGCGGGACCUCUCCCUGA